UGCCAAGGUCCCGGGGUCCUGAGAGUGUCAUUGGGGGGUGACCGCAACAGUAGUUGCUGCGGCUGCCACUGCAACCAUGGUCUCCGGCAGCAGCGGCCUCGCCGCCGCCCGCCUGCUGUCGCGCACCUUCCUCCUGCAACAGAAUGGGAUACGACACGGGUCUUACACAGCCUCUCGGAAACAUAUCUAUAUUGAUAAAAAUACGAAGAUUAUUUGCCAGGGUUUCACAGGCAAGCAGGCCAAAGAGAAAACAGGAGCGACGGCUUCUGUCAUCUAUGUCCCUCCUCCUUUUGCUGCUGCUGCCAUUAAUGAAGCAAUCGACGCGGAGAUUCCCUUGGUUGUGUGCAUUACGGAAGGUAUUCCGCAGCAGGAUAUGGUGCGGGUCAAGCACAAACUGACACGCCAGGGAACGACGAGGCUAAUCGGGCCAAACUGCCCCGGCGUCAUCAACCCUGGAGAAUGCAAAAUCGGCAUCAUGCCUGGCCACAUUCACAAGAAGGGAAGAAUAGGUAUCGUGUCCAGGUCCGGUACUCUGACUUACGAAGCAGUUCACCAAACAACCCAAGUCGGAUUGGGGCAGUCCUUGUGUAUUGGCAUUGGAGGUGACCCUUUUAAUGGGACUGAUUUUAUUGAUUGCCUUGAAGUCUUCCUGAAUGAUCCAGCCACAGAAGGCAUCAUACUGAUUGGUGAAAUUGGUGGUCACGCUGAAGAAAAUGCUGCCGAGUUUCUGAAGGAGCAUAACUCAGGUCCAAAGGCCAAGCCUGUAGUGUCCUUCAUUGCUGGUAUAACUGCUCCUCCUGGCAGAAGGAUGGGCCAUGCAGGGGCGAUUAUUGCUGGAGGAAAAGGUGGCGCUAAAGAGAAGAUCUCUGCUCUUCAGAGUGCCGGGGUGGUUGUCAGCAUGUCCCCCGCACAGCUGGGAACCACCAUUUAUAAGGAGUUUGAAAAGAGGAAGAUGCUUUGAAGGACACAACAAGAAAUUCUUUAAAGCUGUGGAAGAAAUCUCCUAGACGUGAGGGCCAGUCCAGACUGUCAGCCCACGCAGCUGACACUGGUUGGUCUCUCAGUAUGUGGGAAAUCCAGGCAAGUUUUAGAAUGUCCUAAAUUGAGCUAUUUUCACUUACUGUGUAACAGAGACAGAUAAUAAAUCUAUCAUUUGAUUUGAA